CCAUCAGCUUUGGCAGCCUUCCUCACAGCGCUGCUGCUAAGAGUCUCGGGCGGGCUUGUCUCCUCUCUUGUCUCUCGGGUUAUCAUAAUCCUCCUGCUCUUCCCUCUGGACCCCUUUGCAUCGCUUUAGAAAGUGCCUCAAUCCCCAAUGGGCGUG